UUGUCGCCAAACUAUACAAGUGCAUCCGGGAGCGAGACGGGCACGUGCCAACCACGUGCCUUUCGGAACCCGCACCGCACCUCCCCUCUCGCCGUCCGCGUCGCGCAAGUCGCAACGCAUCUCGAUGGCCGGCGCCGGCGCCGAAGACGCCGGGGGCGUCGCCGUCUCCAUCCCUUCGGCCAGAACCGAUGAGGAGGCGCGCGCCCUCCUUCCGGCCUCCGCGCUCAGAGCCGACGACGAGGCGCGCGCCCUCCUCCCGGCCGACGACGACGACGAGGACCUCGAGGAGCGCGCGUACGAUGCGGCGGAGAAGGUCAUCGUAUCCAUCUCGGACGGGGCCGACCCGGAGGACGAAGACGUCGAGGCGGCGCUUUGCUUGGCGUCCGGGGCGGCCCCGCCCUUCUCGUGGCGGAAGCUGUGGCUGUUCACGGGGCCCGGGUUCCUGAUGAGCAUCGCGUUCCUGGACCCGGGCAACCUCGAGGGGGACCUCCAGGCCGGCGCCGCCGCGGGGGACACGCUGCUGUGGUUGCUCAUGUGGGCCACCGCCAUGGGCCUCCUCGUGCAGCUCCUCGCCGCGCGCCUCGGGGUCGCCACAGGCCGGCACCUCGCCGAGCUCUGCCGGGACGAGUACCCGGACUGGGCGCGCCGCGCGCUCUGGCUCAUGGCCGAGGUCGCCAUGGUCGGCGCCGACAUACAGGAGGUCAUCGGCAGCGCCAUCGCCAUCAAGAUCCUCAGCAGGGGGUACCUGCCGCUCUGGGCCGGCGUCGUCAUCACCGCCUUGGAUUGCUUCAUUUUUCUUUCACUUGAAAAUUACGGGGUGAGGAAAUUAGAAGGUGUAUUUGCAUUUCUAAUUGCAACAAUGGCCAUUUCCUUUGCAUGGAUGUUCACAGAUACCAGGCCCAACGGGAAGGACUUGUUGAUUGGUAUUUUGGUUCCAAAAUUGAGCUCGAGGACAAUAAGACAAGCAGUUGGGGUUGUUGGCUGUGUUAUCAUGCCCCACAAUGUGUUCCUUCAUUCAGCACUUGUGCAAUCAAGGAAAAUAGAUCAAAAUAAGGAAUAUCAAGUCCGUGAAGCAUUAAGAUACUAUUCAAUAGAGUCAACUAUAGCGUUAGCUGUCUCCUUCAUGAUAAAUCUCUUUGUCACAACAGUUUUUGCGAAAGGAUUCUAUGGCAGUAAAGAAGCCGGUAAUAUUGGCCUCGAAAAUGCUGGACAGUAUCUACAAGAGAAGUUUGGUGGAGGGGGUUUCCCUAUACUCUACAUUUGGGGGAUUGGGCUAUUGGCGGCUGGUCAGAGUAGUACCAUAACAGGAACUUAUGCUGGACAGUUUAUAAUGGGUGGAUUUCUAAAUUUACGGUUAAAAAAAUGGAUCAGGGCAUUGAUCACCAGAAGCUUUGCAAUUGUGCCAACUGUAAUUGUUGCUCUGUACUUCAACGCAUCUGAUUCUGCACUGGAUGCUCUAAAUGAGUGGCUCAAUGUUUUACAGUCAAUCCAGAUCCCUUUUGCGCUCAUUCCACUGAUAACCUUGGUUUCCAAGGAGCAAGUAAUGGGAGUCUUUAAAAUUGGCCCAAACACCCAGGCCGUAACCUGGACAGUGGCCACACUGCUGAUCACAAUCAACGUCUACCUCUUGAUGGAUUUCUUCUCCUCUGAGAUCCAAGGCCCCUUGUCCGGCUCACUUCUCUGUGUGGCGGUACUCGUUUACGCUUCGUUUGUACUGUACCUCAUCCUGCGGGGCACCGAGCUAUCUGAGAAGAUUGUCAAAGCGAUACACAAGAUUUUGUCAUGACAGAGACAACCAGUUUUGCUCUUUUACACCAUCUUAACAACAGACUUGUCGAGACGUAUAGAGAAAUAGUAUCAGACUAAGUUUGGAGGCUUCAGAUUGGAUACCUCACUGUACAGUGACAUGAAAAAGGGUCAUCAGUCGUUGAAAAGAACGGCAAGGCUGCAGCUGUCCGUUCCAUUUGUUGAACGGUACUCUGACUGCGCCCGUGUUCCGGAAGUGACAGGUACAGAUAAAUGAAAUGCUGAUGUUGAACAUUCAGAUGUGAUCAAAUUUUCCUCUUAUUUUAUUUUAUUUUUGGUCAGUGAAGUAAGCAUAGGGAAAGAGAACACUAGGGGUGGAAGAUUGAAAGCAGUGUAAUGUCAUUUGUGCAUGGGAGAAGUUUUUUUUCCUAUCUGAACACUGAUGUGAUCAUCCUCGAACCUUAGUGCAACCACUGGUUGAUUGCA